AUGGAUGUCUCACGGUCAACAUGGACAAUUGAUGAAUCAUGCACUUCAGCGCUUCAAGGCAAAUUCCCCAACUACGUCACUGCGCAAUCAUCCCUGUGCGGCCCUUUCUUGCUUUCGCUGCUUAAAAACUUCCAAGCUUGUCAGCUCCUAUUUUCUUCACUUGACUACUUAACGCAUUCUAUCCAGACGCUCGAACCCCGGCUAUCACAUCAGAACUAG